AAGUACAGAUUGCUGUCUGAAGCUCGAAAACAGGCUUAGUCGAAGUGCGUGUUUCACAUUUAGUGUUUUACUCACUCUCUUCGUGUGCGGGUGCGGCUUGAGAGAUUUCGAAUGCUCCAUCUUCCAGCAUCUAUUGGGUGGCGAUAUAAUCAACAGUGUCUAGUGCCUUAGCUUACCGCACCACGGAGAGAGUUGUCGGUUGACGCACUCAUUCGAAUAGGAAGUUUUCAAAUCAACCCUGCGUCCCCGCUGCAAAAAGAGCAUACGCGCGAAGGCAGUAUGGAUCGGGUCGCCUGGUUCGCAGUGUGACGUGAUCGUUUGGCCUUGCCAAAACCUGCUUCGACGCCGCUACAGAGGGACAGCAGCGGUACGCUCUUCCGUGACGCGAGUCAAAAAGCCUACGUCACUUUCGGCUUCAAAAAAGCUACACAUUCAACGUAAAACUAGUGUUAGUGAAAAGAACCCAAAAGAAUUGUGUUCGUAUUGUACGCUGAGUAAUAAACAAACUGUACUUAAUUCGCGCUGUGAAAAUUGAAGUGCUAUUAUAAACUUCGGUACCGGCACAUCCAUCCAAAAUAGGUGCCAUGGGGAAAGAUUAUUACAAAACUCUCGGUAUACCGAGAGGAUCUACGGAUGAAGACAUAAAAAAGGCCUAUCGAAAACUAGCGCUGAAAUAUCAUCCGGACAAAAACAAAUCACCUGGCGCAGAGGAAAAGUUUAAGGAAGUUGCGGAAGCGUACGAAGUGUUGUCCGACAAGAAGAAGCGAGAAAUGUAUGACAAGUUUGGCGAGGAAGGAUUAAAAGGACGAGCUUCGAACGGCACGUCAAACUCUUCUCAGAAUUUUACUUAUGAAUUCCACGGAGAUCCCAGAGCUACGUUUGCACAAUUUUUCGGCUCAAACAACCCGUUCGGAUCGUUUUUCGAUAUGCACAACGAUAGUUUAUUCAAUAGCAGUAUUUUCAACGAUGACGAUUUCUUCACACCCUUCAGCGGUUUGGGUAACCGGCACGGUCUAGGUGGUGCCUUUAGGUAUAGCAAAUCUACAAUUCUGGCGCAAGCGAGGAAGCACUACAUAAUAUACACAUAUAUCUCUAUUUCCCUUGCUUUCAGGUCGCACUCAUUCAACGUUCACUCGCCGCUCAAAAAGGAGAAAGUUCAGGAUCCCCCGAUUGAGCACGAUCUGUACGUUACACUAGAAGAGAUCUAUCAUGGCUGUGUGAAGAAGAUGAAGAUUUCGCGCCGUGUCUUACAACCAGACGGUACAUCGAAAAAAGAGGACAAAUGCGUGACCAUAUCCAUAAAGCCAGGAUGGAAGUCUGGUACGAAAGUUACCUUCCAGAAAGAGGGUGACCAAACAAAGGGCAAAAUACCUGCUGACAUUGUAUUUAUCGUUCGCGACAAACCCCACGUCUGGUUUCGGCGUGAAGGAAGUGAUCUGCGAUAUACUGCUCGAUUGACGUUAAAACAGGCUCUCUGUGGUGUUAUUUUUGAGGUACCCACUAUGACAGGAGAAAAGUUGCGUAUCAGUACAAAACAGGAAAUCAUCAAACCUAAUACGGUAAAGCGCAUCCAAGGUUACGGGUUGCCGUUCCCAAAGGAACCAUCGCGAAAAGGCGAUCUGCUCGUAGCGUUCGAUAUUAAGUUCCCCGAUAAGCUUAGUACGUCGGAAAAGGAAAUGCUUAACAAUAUGCUUCCCAAUUCGUAGUGUUAACCGGCCCCCUGCGGUACACAUUUGUCGCGUUUGAUUUUCUUUCUUUUGCAUACUAUGUAGACUAAACGUGCAUCAAUCAUAUCAAUCAGUGGAGCAUGUGAUGUGAUGUACUAGAGCAUGCGUAGCAUACCAUCGACAUAACUGACAGGCCAUCCGACGCAUUUGUAUAUAGUGCCAUUCUAAUGCGAGCAAUCACCAUUUUUUGUUCUUUGUGAACGAAAAAGCUAAGCGAAAUUUGGAACUGUAAUUUAGCGCUACUAAAGUGAAUAUAAAAAAACUGCUAAAACAUUUUCUUAUGGGAGUAGAAGAACAAGCUUUGUUGCGUACGAUACGUCCAGUUUGAUGAAUUACAGUGUAUGACUAUUAUUAUUGCACAAUUUCUAAUGUAUAGAAAGAGUAGCAAAAUACUUGGUAUUGAUAAUUGCAACUCUGCUUGAUGAAGGUUAAAAUCUGGAGCUAGUUUCUUUGUUCUUAUUAUAAUAUACUAAUGGACAUGACUGUGCAUUGGGCUAGCAGAACGUGUUUUGAAUGAACAUUUCUCAGCAAUAGUAGAAUGGAUCAUGUUGAUACUUUAACAUAUGCUUUAUCAAAAGUCGGAGAAAAUUAGAGAAUACUAUAACGUGUAUUCUUUUCUAAGCAGUUGUGUUAAUAAUCCUUGUACGCUGAGAGAUAUUCACGGAACAACUAAUAUAUGACUACGAACUCGCGCCAUCAUAAUAAUAAAAGAUUUAAAAUUUUGUCA